AAGCAUCAAUCCUCCACCACCAAGAAAAUCAAACGUUUCUGAAAGUGAUCGAUCAUCGAUGGCCCCCAGAGCUUUCUUGAUCGCUGUGAUCGCUACAAUAUUAGCCAUUGCUGCUCCGGCGUCGGCGGCCUACAAUUACAUUGUCGGAGAUGACGCGGGCUGGACGUUGGGUGUUAAUUAUACUCAAUGGGUAGAGGGCAAAGACUUUCGUGUGGGAGACAAGCUCGUGUUCAAAUAUGACAACACCGCUCACAACGUUGCGAAAGUAAACGGAAGUGAUUUCCAGCAAUGCGUGGCAUCAAAUGCAAGCAAUCUAUUGACUAGCGGGAACGACGAAAUCACCCUUUCCGCCCCAGGAAAGAAGUGGUACAUUUGCAGCAUCGCUGACCACUGCGCUAAGGGGAUGAAACUUGUCAUCACCGUCUCAGCAGUACCGGGCGCACCGGCUCCUGCCCCGCUGCCAUGGCUUGCCACCCCAACACCCGCCCCAACACCCGUUGUCACUCCUGCCCCGACACCCAACACUUCUGCCGCCGGUGAGGUCUCCCCGUUGAAAUCUUUUGUGUGGAUUCUUGGAGCUUUGGCUGCCUUGAAAGUGAUCAUGGUAUGAGGGAGUGACUGAGAAAGACUUUAUCUUCACAACGUUAAUAACUCAUUUGAUCCCAAUAAUGGUCAAGUUUUAGUUUGUGAAGGCUUUUAAUUUGUUUUGUGAGGAUAUGUUGCCAUAACAAUGUACUCGAAACGAGAGUGGGGUUUGUGUUUGUGUUUUAUGUUUGUUUUUUGAGUUAAUUCUUUUGUAAUAUUUGGUGUCUUCAUCGUAAGUUGUCUACUUGAUGUGUUGCUUGUGUAA